GCCGUCUCGCCUUUGGGCUGCUGGCAGUCGAGCGGGAGGUGACGCUUGCGGGAUCGGCGGCAGGUUCUGCCCGGAGCCGGGGAGCGGGCGGCGGACCUUUGCAAGAAUGCCUGCUGCCUUCUCAGUGGCUGAGCUUGUUUUGGGCCUCUGUAUCACCCUUGCAUUUGCUGAUACAGAAGUCAGGUUUGCAGGUCAAACAAGCUUUGUGGUGAACGAAACAAGUAUAUCAGUCGUACGUUUGGUUAUUGAAAGGAUUGGAGUUCCAGCCAAUGUCACAGCACUCUUAUUGCUUCAGGGGGAAGAUACUGGUGAUUUUGAGGCCACAUCUGCUGUCGCCAGAUUAUUGACCACAGAAACAAAUAAAACCGUGUACAUUGCUGUCAAAGAUGAUGACUUUCCGGAAGCAGAUGAAUCCUUCAUUUUCUCCCUUAGUCUUCAGGGAACCUUUUCUGAUGUUACACUUGGAAUGCCCAGUAUUGCCAGGAUCACCAUUCUAUCAAAUGAUAAUGCCUUUGGAAUUAUUUCUUUCAACAUGUCUUCCAUAAUUAUUGUCAGUGAGGUAAGGGAGAGAAAAGAACUUGUCCCGCUUACACUAAUCAGAAAGAAAGGAACCUAUGGGACCGUAACAGUGACCUUUGAGGUUACAGCAGGUCCAAAUUCUGCUGAGGAAGACAUCAGCCCAGCAAAGGGAACAAUUAUUCUUCCUCCUGGGAGAGCAGUGAUUGACUAUAACCUCACUAUUCUAGAUGAUCAGAUUCCUGAAAAUGAAGAAGUUUUCACUGUCCAGUUGACGAGUGUUGAGGGAGGAGCUGAAAUUAACUCUACACAAAGUAGUUUUCAACUCGUAAUCAACAAAAAUGAUUGUCCACUCCGAUUAGCACAAGCAGUGUACACAGUGCCCGAGACUGUUGGUGUGAUUAGCAUACCGGUCAUUCGAGGGAGGGACCAGGAUGGAAAAUUAAUUGGUUCUGAUGAUGUUCUGAUCUCUGUUAAUUACCAGAUAGUGGCUGGAAAUGGUUCUACCAAUGCACUGUUACACUCUGAUUUUAUUGAUCUCCAGCCAAACAGGACCAUUGUUUUCCCUCCAUAUGUUUAUGAAAUCAAUCUGAACUUUCAGAUUAUUAAUGAUUCUGUCCCUGAAAUUGCUGAGUCCUUCCAGAUUGUUUUACUUGAAGCUACAAUAAAAGGAGAUGCAGUGUUGCUUAGUCCGAGUAAAGUUCAAGUUACUAUUGAGCCAAAUGACAAACCCCACGGAGUUCUGUCAAUUAACAGCAGUCUGUUAGCACAGAAAGUUGUAAUUGAUGAAGAUACAUCAACAAGAUUUGAUGGAAUUACAAUUGUAAGGAAUGGAGGGACACAUGGUAAUGUCUCAGUAAACUGGAUUAUUUCACGGAGUAUCGGUGACUCUUCAGCAGUCACUGAAGACCUCAAGCCAUCAUCAGGCACUCUGGAACUUGUCGAAGGGCAAAUGCUGGCUGUUGUGCCCCUCACCAUUGUUAAUGAUGAUAUUCCCGAGGAAGCAGAGGCUUAUCUUUUCCAGCUGUUAAACAGCACAAUAAAAGGAGGAGCAGAGCUGGAUGAGCCCAUGCAAAUUAUAUUUUAUAUUCAAGACAGUGAUGAUGUUUAUGGCUUAAUUAGCUUCUAUUCUCUGGAGGAACAGAAGAUUGAAAGUAGUCCUGCUGGGCGGUUUCUGUCGUUGAGUUUUGCCAGGCACAGUGGAACUGUUGGGGUUGUACAGCUGAACUACACUGUACUGUACCUCCCUGCUGGCGUUCUGGAUCUUUCCAAAGCAAAGGACGACAUUCUAAAAGUUUCCAGUCAAAAUAGUGUCAUCUUGAUGGCGGGACAGUCGCGGGCGAGCCUCAAGCUGCCGAUAAGAAAUGAUGCAUUCCUUCAGAAUGGAGCAAGCUUUCUUGUGCGGCUGGAGACGGUGGAGCUCAUAAACAUUCUUCCCCCCGUUCCAUCAGUGAGCCCUCGGCUUGCUGAUGUGCUGAUGGUCUCACUAAUAAUCACUCCUGAGUUGGCAAAUGGAGAAGUUGGAUUUAGCAGCAAUGAAACUCUCUUUGUCUAUGAGCCAGAGAACUCAUCUGAUGGUCAGAUCUAUAUUGCUUUGCUACGUGAUGGAACUGACAGCUCUGCAGAGGUUUUCUGGCAUUUGGAGCCCACUGGCGUGAAUCGUGACAGCAUUGGGGUUGAUGACCUCAGCCCAUUCAAUGGUUCUGUACUAUUCUCAUCAGGCCAAAGCAACGUGACAAUCAACAUCACAGUAAAAUCUGAUGAUCUGCCUGAAUUAAAUGAGACUGUGAUUAUCUCUUUAGACAGGGCUGACCCAGAAAAUCAGGUUAUGAAGUCAAAUUUCAUCAAGAGAAAAAUAGUUAUUUUACAAAAUGAUGACCCAGGUGGAAUAUUCGAAUUUUCUUCACAGACAAGAGGACCAUAUUUUGUGCAUGAAGGUGUUGCCUUUGAACUCAAGAUUGUACGAGACCAUGGCACGCUUCUGAGGCAGUUCUUGCGCUAUGUUGUAGAACCGACACAGUCUUUUGAGUUUUAUGGGAAUAUGGGAGUUGUUGAGUUCAAUCCUGGUGAAAGAGAGGUAGCAAUAACAUUGCUGGCAAGGCAGGAUGGCAUUCCAGAGCUGGAUGAACACUAUUCUGCCAGACUCAGCAGCCAUGGGAUACCACCAAGCAAGUUGGGUGCUGCUACUCGAGUCAAUAUCACAGUUUUGAAGAAUGAUGAUCCUCAUGGAGUCUUACAGUUCAACACUCCAGAUUCGACUCAAAGCAUUAAGGAAAGCAAAGAUGACGUUGUAAACAAAGCUGAUUUUACUGUAAUCCGUGACCGAGGAACAUUUGGUGACAUCAGUGUUCACUGGAGAUUGGAUCCAGCAUUCACGAAUGAUGUAUACCCUGUACAAGGUGUGGUCAACUUCAGAAGCGGAGAAUCUUCAAAGACUAUCACUCUCCAGUCCCUUCCUGAUUCUAUCCCUGAGGAAACGGAAACGUUCACAGUCAUCCUUUGGAAUGUCACUGGAAAUGCUAGGCUUGGAAGUUUACUGAAUGCAACAUUGCUUAUCAAUAAAAAUGAUGAUCCCAUCUAUUUUGAAGAGCCAAGUGUAAUUAGAGUCCAAGAAGGAAGUGUUGCCAAUCUCUCGGUUGUUAGAAAUGGAUCUGCAGACUUUGUCACUGUCGUUGUCUACAGUAUUGAAAAUGGAGGAGCCAGCCAACGUGAAGGAGACUUUAAUUCUCCAUCUGAGAAUAUGACACUGGUAAUUGAAGUUGGAGAAAGAGCUAAGACCAUUUCUGUGAUUAUUAAUGAAGAUGAUAUUCCUGAAACAGAUGAGAUGUUCUACGUUGUGUUACUUAAUUCUACAGGCGAUACGGUUAUUCAUGAAUCUGCAUGGGCUACCGUCAUUAUUGAAGCUAAUGAUGAUCCGAAUGGAAUCUUCUCUUUGGAAUCUGUAGAAAAGACAGUUGUUGAGGGAACAACCAACAAUUUUACGAUUUUGAGACAGCGAGGGAUAUUUGGAAAUGUCUCUGUUUCAUGGCAGCUAUUUGUCAAUGAUACUUUACUGCAGCCUGGGCAGGAGUUUUCCAAAACAUCUGGUAUUGUGCUCUUCACUACUGGAGAACUCUCCUCUCCUAUAACACUCCAUGCACUUCCCGAUGGAAUUCCGGAAUUUAGUGAAACUUAUGUUCUCAGGUUGAUCAAUGCUUCAGGUGGAGCUCCUGGCUCUGGUGGUCAGUUAUCAAAUCAGAGCUUAAGUGUCAAUGUUGUGAUUCCACCUAACGAUGAUCCUUUUGGAGUUUUCGUCCUGGAUGCAGAAAGCCAGGACAGGGAGGUUGCGGAGGACGUGCUCUCAGACGAGGACAUGUCGUACAUUACUAACUUCACCAUUCAGCGACAGCAAGGUGCAUUUGGAGAGGUUCGAAUUGGGUGGGAGAUACUGUCCAAUGCGUUUAGAUACAGACUGCCUGAAAUGACGGACUUUAUACUGGUUGGAACAUUUCCCAGCUCUGUUAAGCUACGUCCUCACACCAGACGUCGACACACGGGUACAGAUGCUCUGUACUUUAGUGGGGCGCAGGGUGUAUAUGGAACUGUUCACCCAGAAUAUCAGCCAUGGAUGAAGAAUACAGUUGCAAAUUUUACAUUGUCUGCUUGGGUGAUACCUGAUCUCAACACCAAUGGGUUUAUCAUAUCGAAAACAAGUGAUAAUGCCACCAUUUAUUAUGCUAUGAAGUUGAUGACCAAUGAAUCCUCCUUGUCAGUGACGUUUUGCUAUAGCGUGCUGAGCUCAAAUAUUACUCAUGUUGCCACGGGAACAGCAUUAAGGUACCUGGAUGAAAAUACCUGGAUGCACAUUAUAAUUGUGGUGGCUGAUGGAAUAAUUGAAUUUUAUUUGAAUGGGAUUCUAAUUCCUGAUGGCGUUAAGCAUCUCAAAGGUGAAGCAAUCAUAGAUGGGCCUGGUUUUCUAACUGUUGGGGCAAAUACAGACGGGCAGAACAGGUUCACGGGGCUAAUGCAAGAUGUGAGAAUUUAUGUCCGCAAGCUGAACCGAGAUGAAAUCCAUGAAAUUCAUGCUACUCCAGCGAAGGCUGACCUCCACCCGAUCUCCGGGUACCUGGAAUACAGAGGAGGAGAGAAAAAGAAGUCGUUUAUCGUUGCUGCAAGAGACGAUGCUGAGGAGGAAGGGGAAGAAUCAUUUGCCUUGAAACUGACAAGUGUGUAUGGUGGGGCCAGGAUUUCACAGCACAAUGCCACAGCUACACUGCGAAUACAGAAAAGUGACAAUGCCAAUGGACUGUUUGGUUUCACUGGGACCUGCAUUCCACAGAUGGCUGCUGAGGGAUCCACAAUUUCAUGUGUUGUAGAAAGAACAAGAGGAGCCUUGGACUUUGUCUUUGUGAAUUACAAUAUCACACAGAUUGAAUUUGACAGCAGUGAUGUGAAUGAUUUUGUCAACUCCACUGGUACCAUCACUUUUGCUCCCCAGCAAAACUCUGAGGUUUUGAAUGUGCAUGUUCUAGACGAUAAUUUACCUGAGACUGCUGAGCACUUCAGAAUUUCCCUGGUUUCCGCGAUAUCUGGAGAUGGAAAAGUCGGCUCAACUCCAACCAGUGGGGCCAGUAUUGACCAGGAGAAAGCAAGCACACAAGUCGUAAUAAAAGCCAGUGAUCAUCCGUAUGGUUUGCUGCAGUUUUCUACUGGGCCACCACCUGAUACAGAUGUAAUCAUCCCUCCCGCACUUUCCGUGCCAAGCAUUACUGUGAAGGAGGAAAUCGGUUCAAUCAGACUGCUCGUAGUCCGUGCACAGGGGCUUCUGGGUAAUGUUGUUGUGGGAUAUCAAACUGUUCCUCUGACAGCUGCCAGCCCAUCUGAUUACCAAGAUACAUCAGGCACUCUACAGUUCAAACCUGGAGAGCAGUAUAAAUACGUCAUUGUAAAUAUCACAGACGAUUCUGUUCCAGAACUGCCCAGCAGCUUCAAAGUGGUACUAUUGAACUCAGAGAAAAUGGCUGAGCCAUUUGGCACCAGCAGUAGUGGAGAUGGUGAAGUGGAGUUUGUCCUUCCAGAGUUCCAUGUGCACGCUAGCCUUGCAAUAGCUUCUGAAAUCAUUGUUACUAUUGAUGCCUCUGACGAUGCGUAUGGAGUGUUCCAAUUCAGUAAUGACUCUUUGCACACAAAUACUACAGAACCUGAAGGGAGUCAGGAUAUAGUCUUACUACAGGUUGUCCGUGCUGGUGGUGCACUGUCUCAGGUUAUUUUGUUCUGGGAGGUGGACUCUGACCCUUACAACAACCUGGUCAAUAUCUGUGGCAAUGUCACGUUCGAAAUGGGACAAACGCUGGCUGACAUUGAGCUACAGGUGGCUUCGGACGAUGUGCCGGAAUUGGAUGAACAGUUCAUGAUUCACAUUACUGAUGUCACCAAAGGACGACUGGGAAUUCGAGUAAAUGCCACCUUGAUGGUUUUAGCCAAUGACGAUCCUUAUGGUGUGUUCCUCUUUUCGGGAAGAACUCAACCAAUCAGAGUUGAGGAGAAGGACCAGAAUGUGACAUUGACAGUUCAGCGACUUAAUGGAUUGAUGGGUAUCACCAUAGUUACCUUCUCAACCGUGAAUGACACAAGGUCGACUGGUCUGCCAUAUUUCAUUGCUCUGGCAAUGGAUAAAAGUGAUUAUCUUGCUGUAUCGGGGUCAAUAAUCUUUGAAGCCAAUCAGACUGAAGCUAACAUAACUCUUCCUAUUCUGGACGAUGGAGAACCUGAGAGGCCAGAGUCUGUGUUUGUCCAGUUACAGAGCGUUGCACUGCUGAGAGGGGAGCAGGACAGACCAAUUGCUGGUUCUCCUCGCCUCGGAUCAAAGAAUGACAUCAUAGCGCAGGUAAUAAUCGAUGCCAAUGACGAUGCAUUUGGUACCCUGCAGCUCUCCACUUCUGCUGUACGUGUUCCAGAAAAUUACAUUGGACCGAUAAUCAAUGUGACGAGGACUGGAGGCAUAUAUGCAGAUGUGUCUGUGAAAUUCCAAGCUUUGUCAAUGACUGCAAGAGCUGGUGAAGAUUACAGCAUAGCCUCAUCUGAUGUCAUCCUACUGGAAGGGGAAACCAGCAAAGCAGUGCCCAUUUACCUUCUCAAUGACAUGUUGCCAGAACCUGAAGAAUCAUUUCAUGUUAAACUCAUUAAUGAGACCACAGGAGGAGCUGUGCUUGGAGCCAUCACACUGGCAACUGUUACUAUUGAGGCUUCUGAUGACCCUUAUGGAUCCUUUGUUUUUGAAGGAACAGAAUUAAUUGUUGCAGAACCAGAAUCAAAAACCACAGUGAUAACUCUGCAAGUUGUUAGAAACGCUGGGACACUUGGUACUGUCUCAGUCUAUUGGGUUGCCACAAUGAAUGAGCGUGAGGUUACCAGCGAUCUCCAGGAGUCCUCAGGAGAGAUCAUCUUUGCUCCAGGACAAACUACUCAAACUUUACAAUUGGAAUUACUAUCAGAUGACAUUCCUGAAGUUGAAGAGGUCAUUCAGGUGAAACUUACCCAUUCUUCCUAUGGGAGCUCCAUUGGGAGAAACGAUAUGGUGAAUAUUAUUGUUCCAGCGAAUGACAACCCUUAUGGUACUGUUCAUUUCACACACACAGCUUACAAAGUCCAAGAGCCACUGGAAAGUAACUCCAGAGAAAAUAUCACCGUGGCCAGAAGCGGAGGACAUUUUGGGCAACUGCGAAUCUUUUACUGCACCUCGACGAUUGAUGUUUUGGAGCUUUUGAUAACAGAAGGGCAGGACCUGCUCUUUUAUUAUGAAUCUCCAGAUCGUGGAAUCACAAAUGGACAACCUGUGUUUCAGCUGAAUGUUUCUCUGGAGGUGGAUGCUUUUCAUGCAUGUGCAGCUUUUUGUCUGAAAGAACAGGCUUGCUUGGCUUUCUCAUUCAGCAACGUCUCUGGCCAGGCCAAUUGCUCCUGGACAAUUUCAGCAGCUGACAUUCUGUCCCCCAGCGCAGAGUUUGCAACAUAUCGCAAGAAUAGUUCUAAGGUGUCCACCCUGUUGAGAUCUCAGGCCACAGCUGGCUCUGACUAUGAGCCAAUCUCCAGACAAUGGGUGAUCAUGCAGGAAGGAGAUGAGUCCGCGAAUCUCUCAGUUUUAAUACAAACAGACACAUUACCAGAACGCGAUGAAAAGUUUGCUGUUUUGCUUCUAAGUGUGGAACUGCUGAACGAGGUGGUCACUCCAGAAAACCAGCCCACAAUUGAAUGGCCAGAUGUUGCAACGGUUACCAUAACCAUGAACGGAGAUGCAUUUGGCACCUUUCUGCUUUACUCGGUGAACAUUAAUGCUACAGAGAAAGGGAGCUACCUUGAAGUAAGAGAGGAAGCAGAGGUGACAGUGCAGCUUAUGGUAGACAGAAGCGGUGGAAGUCUUGGUGAGGUGACGGUGCAGUGGAGUGUGGUUGGUGGCACAGCUACGAGAAACAUAGAUUUCGUUGGUGAUGGUGAAAUAUUAACAUUUGCCGAAGGUGAAAAUAAGAGAGUUGUCACAUUAGUAAUCGUAGAUGAUGAAGAACCAGAAGGCAAUGAGACCAUUGUGGUCCGCUUGACACAUACUGAAGGUGGCAGCCGAAUUCUGCCCAGCUCUGAUACGGUCACUGUGGUCAUUCUAGCCAGCGAUUAUGUUGCAGGAGUCAUUAGUUUUCACGCAUCCUCACGCUCAGUUACGGGACAGGAAGGAGAAACUUUGCUACUCUGGAUUGAAAGGGAUUCCCCAGGAAGAGGAAACGUUACUGUUGACUGGCAGAUUAAUGGGCAAUAUGUCCAAGAGAAUUUUGUGGAUUUUAGGGGGACUCUUUUUCUCUCUGAGGGCAUUCUAAAUGCAUCACUUCUGGUCCACAUACUCGAGGAUGAUAUCCCUGAAGAAAAGGAGGAAUAUGGAAUUAUUUUGUCAAAUGUCAGAACUCAAGGCAUUCCCUCAAUGGGGGCUGCUGUUCUUGAUAGUCUGGGAUACAAAGCCAUUCUUACAGUGAAAGCCAGUGAUGACCCAUAUGGAAUAGUGACAUUCUCUGAAUCAUCCCGCUCCAUUUCUGUUAAGGAAGGCAACAGCGUCAUUCAUCUCUUUAUCAGGAGGGAUUUUGGAACCCUUGGAGCCAUUAACAUCACAUUUGAGACAGUCAAAGGAUCUUUGCUCCGUCUGAACCAAACUGAUGAUGGAUCUCUGGCUGAGCCUGGUUUGGACUUUAUGCUCACAUCUGGUUUUGUCAUUAUGGAGCAAGGAGAAUCCACUGCAGCUAUAAAUGUCACAAUUUUAGAGGAUGAUAUUCCUGAAUUGCAGGAGGUCUUUCUUGUGAAUCUAACAUCUGUGAAGCUCAUCCGUUCAGAUCAAAGCCUUCUCCCCCCUCGAUUGGAUGCGGCAGGACAGGUUUCUGAGAUAACUAUUAAUGCAAAUGAUGGUGUGAAGGGAAUUGUUGAAUGGCAACACGUUAAUUUGAAAGUGAAUGAAACCAUGGAAACUCUCAUCCUGGUGAUUCAUCGAGAGGGGGGCACAUAUGGGAAUGUUUCACUGCUUUGCCAUCCUCACAAUUUAAAAGCACAACUUGGAUUGGACUUCAAUGUGCAACCAAUGAUCAUUUAUUUUGGUGAUGGCGAAAGAUACCAAAGCGUAGAGGUUGCAAUCUAUGAUGACGAUACUCCAGAAGGGGAUGAGGACUUCCUGAUGAUUCUUACUAAUCCCUCUGUAGGAUUAGAACUAGGGGCAAGGACCACAGCCACUGUGACCAUCUCUGCCAAUGAUGAUGGGCAUGGGAUUCUGUUGUUUAACAACACUGAGCACUUUUUCCUUAAGGAGCCAACAGCCCUUGGUGUAUCAGAGAGUGUUGCUGAACUACACGUUAUACGAGAACCACCAGAGGGGACAUUUGGGACCAUCUCUGUUCAGUACGCUGUCACAAGUGUGAAUGGAUCUGAUCCUUGGCUGGACUUAACGCCUGCACAAGGUCUUAUUGUAUUGGAAGAUGGUAUAAGAAAGAAGAUUCUGCAUAUUUCUGCUAUAUUGGACGAAGAGUCAGAGAUGGAUGAAGAAUUCCUGGUUACUCUGUUCGGCCCUACAGGAGGGGCAAGACUGGGUGACAGGACAAAGAUACACAUCAUAGUCCUUCAGAAUCAGGCACCACUUGGACUUUUUAGCAUCUUCCCGUUAGAAAACAGGACUCGCACUCUGACCUUGGAGGAAGACAAUAAAACAUUGUAUUUUAAUAUUUCUCGAAGUAAUGGUUUAGAGAAUAGAGUGACUGUGGACUGGGAGACACAAUCUGGGACAGCAUUUGGAAUAAGGGGAGAUAUUCUGGUGUUGUCCACAGUACAGAAUUUCCCUGAAGUACUUGGCUCAAGGUGGUGCUUCCUGACAUUUAACAACAGUCUGUUUGGAAUUUUUCUUCGAAUAAAUGGGAGUGAUUGGAAGUUAGGUGCAGUAUCGACCCUGUACCAAUGGCGGGGUGUAUUUGUCUCAGUGCAGAACAUCGAAGCUCAGAAUCCCACAGGAUGCACGACCUUUGUCAAAAGUGAUGUGUCUUAUAUAAUUAUAACUCACAGUGGAAUAACAGGAGUGAAAGCAUCCAAUAACAGCAUUUACAGCUUUACAUUGCAAACUGAAUUAACAUUGGUUCAAUCUUUGAUUGUCCCAGAGAGCAGUGAUGUAAAACACUUUACACAGGAAAACGAAGAUUACUUGAUCAUCAGCAGUCAAAAGGAUGCUCUUGACAGUAACUCAAAGAUCUAUCGAUGGAAUGGGAAUUCAUUUAUUUUUCAUCAAAACCUACUGACCCGUAGUGCUACUGGCCUGGCUCUGUUUAAACAAGGAAAUCUACUAUACCUGGCUGUUUCCCAGUUCAACCGGGCAUCCGCCCUCUUUCAGUGGAGUGACGAUCAGUUUGGCCAGCUCCAGAACAUAUCUGUCUAUGGAGGGACGCACGUCAGUAGCGUGACAGCUGAGGGUGACACCUACCUUGCCUUUGGCAACCUCACUUCCUGUCACGUGUACAUUUGGAGGGCAGGGCAGCCCUUAUUAAAAGUGGUCCAGACUAUUCCUGUCAAUACCGUGAGAAGCAUUGAUCUCUUUGCACUUCCUUCUGGCACAGUUCAUCUCCUGUUGAAUGGUGGAGAUAAGUCAAAUCUCUACAUGUGGGACGUGAGGAGCAACCAUUUUGUAUUAGUACUGAAGCUCCCACCAUCAGAUCACAUGGUGUCUGUCGCUGCCCCUUCCCAUAAUGGAACCAGAGCCCUCAUUGCUUCAGUGGGCAACUUUGAUUCCUGGAUCUAUGAGCUGGCUUCUGUUUCUAAUGAAUCGGAUUUCAUUCCAGGAUCUGCUGAGCUCAUCUUUGAACCUGGUGACAAAGACACAGUGAUAGCUGUAAAUAUUCUUGAUGAUGACACACCAGAGGAAGACGAGUUCUUUGCAGUCAGACUCGUGAAUGCGAGGGGUGGAGCUGAAAUUGGUUUUAAUGAUCACGUCAAUUUAGUGAUCCAGUCAAACGAUAAUGCCCAUGGGAUAAUCGGUUUUGUGCAGAGCUUCUUGUCCAUGCAAGUUGAAGAAUUGGAAGAAGACAAUCAGAUCACUCUGAGGGUUGAACGGCUGCGGGGAACUCACAAAACUCUAAUUGUACAUUGGGUAGCCACUGGAAAUGUGAAUGAUAUCUUCCCAAACUCUGGAGCAUUUACUUUUUCAGAGGGUCAAUCUCUUGCAACCAUUUCACUUGUGGUGUUAGCUGACGAUAUCCCAGAGGGAGCCGAGUUUGUGACUAUAAUGCUUGUAAAUGUCACCACUGUGGAUGUGCGAGACCAAGCUAAAGGUGCGACCAUUGAUUCCAGCAAAAGGAAUGGCGUCCUGACAGUGCUCCCUAAUGACUCACCCUAUGGUGUGAUCAGCUGGCACAGAAACUCUCACAACAUCUCUUUGCAGGAGCCUGAAUUUGAGUCAACUGAUGUCACUUUAACAAUAAUUCGUGAAGAAGGAUUUGUGGGUGAUGUUAUUGUUCAGUACAGCACAAAACCAAAUCUUUUCCUUCCACUUGUCAACCAAGCAACUGCAAAUGAAGAUUAUAACAGCAUUCAUGGCACAGUCAUUUUAAAGGAAAACAGCACACAGGCUUUGAUUAGACUUACGAUAUUUCCUGACAACAUUCCUGAAUUACACGAAAGCUUUCUAGUUAACAUUACUGAUGUGAAACUGACCAAUACUACGCAUGUUGGAGGGAAGCCCAGAGUGAAGCGUUUGCAAAUGGAGCUUGCGGAAGUAACGAUCAGAGAGAACGAUGACCCCAGAGGAAUCAUUCAUUUCAACACGUCAAGGAAUGAAACCGAUGCAGUUGUCGCGUAUGAGAUGGCCCCUCCAGGAAACCUGCUGAAAUUGCCAGUAGUCCGUAGUGCUGGCAGAUUUGGAGAAGUAACUGUGCUUUGGGAAGCUCUGCCCAGAAGUGCCAGCUUGUCAGAUUUUACACCGUCCAAUGGGACUCUCACUUUUGCCGAAGGAAUGCAUUCUGCAAUUCUAGAAAUCAUCAUAGUGGAUGAUAAUCUGACCGAAUUUCUGGAGACAUUCUGUGUUGUACUAACGGAAGUGACGGGAGGUGCCACAAUAGGAGAUGACAACAUUAUUACCGUCAACAUUCCCAACAACGACUCCCCUGUGGGAGUGUUUGGGUUUGUGGAACGUUACGUAGCAGUUGAGGAACCAUCGACAUUGGAUGAUCCAGCUGGCUUGGUGUCCUUUACUGUCCGUCGAAAGGAAGGUCACGGCUCAGUUCAAAUUGUUUGGCAGGUGGACGAUGCUGCCGUCGAUGAUCUCACACCCCUUUCUGGAACUUUGACAUUCAGUCAGACUGAGACGACAAAGACACUUGUUUUACGCAUUUAUCCAGAUCAUCUUUUGGAAGGAGAUGAACGAUAUGUGAUUCGGCUGAUAUCUGCAUCAAACAAUGCAGAAAUAUCCCCUGUAAAUGGAAGUGCCACAGUCAUUAUUUUAGGCGAUCAUGCAUCGUCUGGUACAAUUGCCAUUGCUGAAUCGACCAGACACAUUCUAAUUGGAGAGCCAAUCGGUGAUUACAAUGGGACUACCCUCGUAAAAUUAGUGCGUGGUCCUGGGAUUUUUGGUGAUGUUACCGUUAACUGGAUUAUAGUUCCAGCAUCUCUGAAUGAGUUUGAAGAAGUGAGCGGCACUGUUUCCUUCCAUGACAGACAGUCAUCAGCCACCAUUUUGCUUCAGGUAAUGGAUGAUGAUAUUCCUGAAGAAAAACAGUAUUACCAACUUCAGCUAACAGGGGUCAGUGGCAAGGCUGUAAUUAAUGAUACGUCAAGCUCUGCCAAUAUCACCAUGGCAGCCAGCGAUUUUCCUUAUGGACAAUUUUCAUUUUCCCAUGAAGACCUUCAAGUCUCUGAGAAUACAGAACAGGUUAAUGUUACUAUUGUCCGAUCGCAUGGCACCUCUGGCUAUAUUCACCUGUGGUAUCAAACAACUAAUGGGACUGCACUAGGUGACAUAGACUUUGCAUCCAGCUUUGGGCAGCUGUUAUUUGAACCAGGAGAACAGGUUCGACAAAUACCAGUUGAUAUUUUCGAUGAUGUUAUUCCCGAAGGCCAUGAGGACUUCUUUGUGGAAAUUCUUGAAGUGGAGCUUCAGUCAGACAGCUUGCAUGACUUCACGGUGAGAGAUAAUGGCCUUCAACCAGAUCAGCCUCCCAUUUUGGGUAACAUCUCAUCAAUUCGGAUUGUGAUACAAGUAAAUGACAAUGCACAAGGCGUUAUAGAAUUUCAGCCACAAUUUCUCAGUACUGAAGUUGAAGAAGACAUUGGGAUACUUGGAAUACCUUUGGUUAGGAAAAUGGGGACUUAUGGAUUUGUCACAGCAGACUUUGUAUCCCGUGCAAUCACAGCUUUCCCCAAUGGAGUUGACUACAUUCUUCCAAAUGGGACAAUUGUAUUCUACCACGGACAGAAUCAGAGCUUCAUAAACGUAACCAUAAUCGAUGACUUAGAAAGUGAAUUUGAUGAGCAGUUUGAGAUCCAACUGAUUGCAGCAAAACAAGGAGCUGUGCUUGGAACCCACCUCACCACCACAGUAACCAUCCGCAAAAGUGACUCCAUCGGCGGACUCAUUCGGUUCCGAAAUCUGACCAAACUGGUCGUCCCUAAUCCCGAUACACCGCAGAUACUAACGCUAGUGCUGGAAAGGAUUGGAGGACAUACUGGAGAUGUGCAAAUAAAAUGGAACAUUUUGGGUCCCAACUCAGAAACGAUCUUACCAGCAUCCAACACAGACAUAGGUGAUCCUGUGAAUGGAACGUUCUAUUUCAGAGAUGGAGAGAUUGGGAACCGAAUCAUUGAACUGAACAUCCUACCACAUGGAGAAAUUGAGCUUCAGGAGACCUUCAUCAUCCAACUUACCCUGGACAUGGGUGAUGCUGAAAUCGACCGAAAUGCAGGGACCGUGCUGCUGACAGUACAGAAGUUUGGAAAUCCCAAUGGAAUAGUCCAAUUUAUUGAGGAUUCUUUAUAUAUGAAGACUUACUUGGAACCAUCUAAUCAAGAAGAACUGUUAAAUAUUUCAUUCUUUAUUACAAGAAUUAAAGGAACAAUGGGAGAUGUAAAGGUAAACUGGCAGCUGUGGAGUGAUGCUGAUAUGACAGGAGACUUUUUAACAAUCAAUGGUUCGGUUACUAUCCUAGAACUGCAACAAAAUGCAGAGAUAAGUGUUCAGCUGUUAGCUGAUGAUGUUCCAGAAGUAGAUGAAAUUUAUAUCAUUAGACUGACUUCUGUGGAAGGAGGUGCAGACAUAAAUGAAGACAAGGACCAAACAAGAUUUAUGGUACCAGCGAACGACGACCCCUAUGGCUUGUUUGCCGUUUACCCGGAUCGGCAAGCUGUAAUUGUUGGAAAUGAUUUGAAUCGCUACAUUCAGAUAAACAUCACAAGACACAGUGGGACCUUUGAAGAUGUGAGUGUAGAAUACGAGCUCUUGUUCCAUGGGCAAGAAUUUCCACCGGACCGAUUGUUGGGAACUGUGGUGGUCAGAGAUGGUGCCAGCUUUGCUGUUACUAAAGUGCCAAUCUCAGGUCAGACUUUCAUUAGGAAGGUUUCUGACAUUUCAGUGAAAUUGCUAAACGUGAGUCUUUUGAGGGGAAAUACUUCUAUUCCUCCCAAGCUGUUAAUUGGGAUAGACUCGGCCAAGGUUUUUGUGUCGGAAGAAGCAGCCAAUUCAGAGGUUGGCUUUGAAUCUUUGGUACUUCGAGUCUCGGAUGUUUCUGCUGGCAGCUGUUGGGCUGUGAUAUCACGGGAUGGUGUGUAUGGGUUCAUUGUGGUAGAAUGGAGAGGUGGCUAUCCUGAAGGCACGGUCCCUGCUGGAUUCAUACCUGGCUCCGUCAAACCGGGUUUUGGUUCAGUUGUCCUUUCCCAUGGUGAAAAACGAAAGCCACUGUUACUCACUGUACCAACCACCAACUUCACAGGCAAGGAGUCCUUUGCCAUUCAUUUGACGAAGGUACACAGUAAUCUUACUGGUAAAGCUGAACUAAGAUCAGGAUUCACUGUGGCAGAAAUUGAGCCAUUUGGAGUCUUCCAACUUGCGCCUAAUUCAGGGCAGGUCAGAAUAGAAGAAGAUGCAGGUGCAGCAACUUUUCUUGUCCAGAGACUCUUUGGUUUCCGUGGCCACCAAACAAAACUGAUUUACCAUACAACAGCAGGAAGUGCCAAACCUGAUGAAGAUUAUGUGCACAUCCAAAUGGGAGAACUUGUCUUUACUUCAUAUCAGAUUGAAGCUAUGAUCAAGCUGCUUAUCAUCAAUGAUAACAUCCCAGAAGGAGAUGAAGUUUUUUACCUGAAUUUGUCCAGCAUUGAAGUUCUGGGUUAUAAGCCAAAUAAUACAGAAGAAAACCCCUACUUGAAUCAAAACUUGAGUGUGUCAUUUAUAACCAUUGUUGCCAAUGAUGCCAGCAAGGGUGUUUUAAGUAUUGGACCCACUGUGGUGCACACUACAGAGGAAACUGAUAAUAUAACACUUUGUAUUCGAAGGACUCUGGGAUUUACUGGACCUGUCAAUGUGAAUGUUAUAACCUUUGGAGAAAAGAAAUUUAUAAAUGGUCUACAUGAAAUGCCUUUUCAAGCCAACCAGCAAAAUCCCAGUCUUUCCUGGGCCAAGGAGGGAGAAGAUUUUGAAGAUGAAGCAUUGAAUGUUACUCUACAAGAUGAGGAAAAGGAAGUCAAUAUAUCUAUCAGAGUUUUAGACGAUAAUGAACCAGAGGGCCAGGAGUUUUUUUUUGUUUAUCUAACAGAUCCAGGUGGAGGUGCACAUAUCGUGGAUGGAAAGGAUGAGCACGGAUUCAUGGCUUUUAUGAAGAUUGUUAUUUUAGGAAAUGAUGUACAGAAUGGCAUUGUGGGAUUUGCAAGUGUAUCCAAUGGUAACCCAGUCUUGGAUGAAGACUCUAAAAGUAGGGAAGUUCGGCUAACAGUUGAAAGACAAAAAAACAGAGCUUUUGAGAAUGUGACAAUUUCUUGGCGCGUGACCUUUAAUGAAACAGACGUGGUAUUGCAAAGAGAUGGGGUGGAUCUGGUCAGUGAGCUCACAGCUCCAUCAGGAAUUAUCCUCUGUGUUUCCGGAGAGACGCUAUGCCCAAUCACCAUCAAGAUCAAAGCAGACCAGAUCCCAGAACCUGCAACAUGGUUUCUUGUGGAAAUCUAUGAAGUGGGAUCAGGAGCUUUGAUAAAUAACAGUGCUCGAUUCAUAAACAUUACGGUUUUAGAGAGCGAUAGCCUUCACGCGUUGAUCUAUUUUGCUUCAGGGUCUCGGCUUUCUGUGGUUCAUCAGGAGACCACAUUAGUUCACCUACAGGUUGACAAGAGUGCUGUUUCAAGUACAGUUGUAACUGUCAAUUACAAAACACAGGAAUUAACAAAGGCUGAGCUGGUGGGUGAGACAUUAAUAUCACCAGCAAUUGCUGCAAUGGAUUUUGUGAAAUUGGAUGGCAGUUUAACCUUUCAACCAGAACAGUUAAGAAUUUCAUUGGAUAUUGUCCUUACUCCAGAACUAACAUCUUCCAAUCCAUUGCCCAAACGAUUCCAAGUGGUGCUCUACAAUCCGACGCCAGGAAUUCAGCUGGAUGAGUAUUUCAAUGUAGCAAAUAUUACAAUAGUCACGGACACUAAAUCUCAGUUCCUCUGGGGUUUAGUUGAUCAGUUGCACCAACCCCCUAGUGAUGAAUUAAUAAAUGAAGUUCUUCAGAAACUGCAGAGCAAGAUUACUGUGGAAACCACAAGAGAACAGCUCGAUGCAGUAACAGAAGUAUUCAAAAAGGUGAUCCAAGAAGGAGAAAAGAGACCUCUUGAUGAUACCAGCAUUAGACUAUUGUACAAUAGUCUUUGUGCACUGCUGGAUGCCACCCGCAAGGAUACCAAAGGGCUUAGUCUGCUGGUUGAAGUGACUGAGAGAUUUGCCUUCUCACUUCUCACUGGUGUAGAAUGUGGAUCGCCUGGCCAGAGAGGCAAGACAGUUCUUGACACUUGCCAGUACCUCACUAUUAAAUCGUAUCACUGGUAUCCCCAACAAAUCAAUGGGCACAAGAUUGAGUGGAAAAAUGGUGAUUCUGUGCAAAUUCCUGAGCAGUUGCUCGAAGUCUCGUCUGCAACUUCACUUGAUCCAGGACGUGAGGACUGUCAGUAUGUGCAAUUCACAGAGUACAGCAGCCAGCAGUGGUUCCAAACCAGUGCAAAGGGAACUGCACUCAACAAUAAGAUAUUUUCAGUAAGCCUGAAGGAUCGUGAUCCACAACCUCUUGCAGACGGCAAUGAGGUAGUCUAUCGGAUUCAUAAUCCAGAUGGUGCCGUUGUUCCACAUACAGCUGAAUGCCUUCUGUGGAACCAAGCUGCUGAAAGCUGGCUAUCAAGCAACCAGUUCUGCCGUGUGGUUGAUGACCUGAGUAACUUUGUGGAGUGUGCCUGCUCACACAUGUCCACCUACUCGGCCUCUGCCCUAACAGAGACACUUCCCGUUUACAAUGAAAUCUUCUUCUCAGCCACAUUCAUUUGUAUUUCAGGUUUCUCCCUGUCCAUUUUGUCUCAUCUGCUCUGUUCAAGAUUUUCCAUGUUUGCAGCCAAACUCCUCUUGCACAUGAUGGUCGCCUGCCUAGGAACUCAGAUCUCGUUUCUGAUGUCUGCGUACCUCGGUCGAGAGCUCACAGAGGAGGCUUGCUCUGCGCUUGGAUUGGUGAUACAUUACCUCUACCUCUGUCAGUUCAGCUGGAUGCUCAUUCAGUCCGUCAAUUUCUGGCAGGUGCUUGUGAUGAAUGAUGAGCACACGGAUCGACGGUACUUGCUGUUCUUCAGCCUGAGUUGGGGGUUACCUGCCUUUGUCGUGGCCUUGGUUGUAAUUAUACUGCGAGGGGGCUACAACUGGACCAUGCAAGAAGUUUAUGGCUCGGUACAUGGUGAUGUGUGCUUCAUUCCCAAUGUUUAUGCAGCUCUUGCCACGGCAGCACUGAUACCUUUGUUAUGCCUUGUGGGAGUCACUGUGAUUUUUAUCCACACCUAUCAGAUCGUUCAGCAAUGGAAGUCCUAUGAUGAUAUUUACAGGGGAAGAGCUAAUGGCACAGAAGUUCCUCUGGUUCUGUAUCUUUUUGCAUUGAUAUCGUUGACAUGGCUUUGGGGAGGCCUGCACAUGGCAUACAGACACUUCUGGAUAUUAAUCCUGUAUGCUAUCUUCAAUAUCCUGCAGGGUCUGUAUGUUUUUGUGGUAUAUUUUAUCCUACACAACCAGUUCUGCUGGCCAGUAAAAGCCAGCUACAGUAUGGAAAUCAAUGGUCAUCCCAGUCCUGGGUCAAGUUACCUCACAUCGGGCAGCGGUGCACCGUCAAUAGGAGGGGACAUCAGCAAAUCCACUCAGAACCUCAUUGCUGCGAUGGAGGAGAUACCGUCUGACUGGGAACAAGCCUCUUUAAGACCCAGCAGUCAAGCAAGCAGCAUCUUCAAGGAAAGCCCAGUGAGUGGCAACAUCUAUGCCACCAAAGGAGACUACGGCACCAGCAACCUGAUGGGUGAUGAGGAGGCACAAGAGUUUGAUGAUUUGAUAUUCGCCUUAAAAACUGGUGCCGGCCUCAGUGCAGGUGACAAUGAAUCGUAUCAUGGAAGUCAAGAUGGUAGAAGCAUUUCAAAUUCCCAGAUUGUGGAACUACGAAGAAUACCAAUAGCUGACACUCACCUUUAACACACUCACAUGCUUUUUAAUUGAAAUUUGUCCAUGUUUUUAUACUUUUUUUGGAUGUCCCUCUUUUGCACUAAAAUUUUGCAUUAAAAUAUGUAGAAUCAGUGUUACCUUACAAUGUUUGUACAACAUUUUUGUAAUGUUCAACUAAUAUAACCUUAGACUUCAAAAACUUGAUUACAGAGAAGUAAAAGUUAAGUAACUAAUAAGGAUGAAGAAAAUAUGUAGAAUUUAGAUAUAAACUACGAUUUAAAAAAACUAACAAAUUACUUCUGUAAAAAAUCUUCCCAUAGAAGUAACAUAAUAAAAAUAAUUUUGUGGUAAUUUCUGACAGUGAUUAUGAAACGAAAACUUGUAUGAUCUUUCUUUUUGACCAGUAUUUAUUAACAUAGAAUAAAGAACAGUACAGCACAGGAAUAGGCCCUUCAGCCCAUGACAUUGUGCCAAAUAGUAAUUUUAAGCCAACCAAACAAGUCCCUUCUGCCUAUGCAUUUAUAUCCCUCCAUUUCCUGCACAUUCAAGGUCAAGUUUAAUUGUCCUUCAACCACACAUGAAUACAGCCAAAUGAAACUGUGUUAUUCCAGGGCCAAGGGGCAAAACACAGUACCAACUGUCACACACAGCAUAAGGCAUGUAUAAGUUAUCAGCAAAACACAACACAAAAAAAAUAGCCCAAGACGCUUGAGUCCAUGAACAUUGUGGCAGUCUGCAGCUUGCCUUCUGCUGAGCAAACUCUGGGAAGCACCAACUCCAGCUCAGACAACGCGCCACACUGCCUCUGACACCUCUCUCCUGAACAGGCAGCACCACGGCCUGAGGCCUAAUCCUCGCUGUGACCAAGGCCACGUAGCUCCCCCGUCAUCCGCCAACACAUUAGUGAAUCGGACUUGCACCAUUCCGCAUUAACAAUGUCCAACAGGGUCUUGCAAUCACAAGGAAAGCGACCAAGACGAUCACUUGCUGUUAAACUCCCACCACCUUUGUGCACUGACUCCUCCGAUGCAGGCAAGAACUUGAUCCAUUCCAAAUCCAGCUCCUUCAGAUGUUCCACCACCAAGCAACAAACUGAUGGGGUAGACCUGCAGUCCUUUAAGUUUUUAAUAUCCAUAAGGAUCUUGCAAUCAUAAAAAAUACAUUUAAAAAAGACAAUAACACCUUUAGUUGACCCUGUAAAAGCAGCUGUGAUCGGAUGCACCACUGUCUUACCAGAAAAAAGCUAUCUGAUUUGUCUCCACUGCCCUUCUCAUUUGAACUUAUUCCCUCUCAUCUUGAGUACAUGCUCUCCAAUAUUAAACAUUAUGACCCAAAGAAAAAUUAUACUGGCUGCCUGCUCUAUCUGUGCCUCCUAUCAUCUAUAAAUUUCUAUCAGGUCCCCCCUCAACUUCUAUUCCAGAAACAACAACCCAAGAUUUUCCAACCUCUCCCCAGAGCACAUGCCCUCAAAUCCAGGCAGCAUCCUGGUAAACCUUUUAAGCACCCCCUCCAACACUUCCACGUCCUAUAAUGGAGACCAGAAUUGAAUGAAAAUUCCAAUUGUAGCCUUACUAGAGUUUUAUAUAGCCUCAACAUAUCUUCAAGACUUUACAACUCAAUAACUUCACUAAUAAAGACAAGCAUGCCAGAUGCCUUAAUCACCCUAUCAACCUGUGUAGCUAUUUUCAGGGAGCUAUGAACUUGGACCCCAACAUCCCUCUGCUCAUCAGCAUCGUUAAGGGUCUUAACAGUGUACCGCUCUUGACAUUCGACCAACCAAAGUGCAACAUUUCACAUUUGGCAGAUUAAAGCUCUAUCUGCCAUUUAUCUGCCCAUAUCUGCAACUGAUAUACAGUGCCUAUAAAAAGCAUUCACACUCCUUAGAGGUUUCAUGUUUUAUUGUUUUUACAACUUUGAAUCACAGUGGAUUUAAUCUGGCUUACUUUGUCUCUGAUCAACAAAAAAAGACAUGUCAAAGUGAAAACAGAUUUCUAUAAAGUGAACUAAAUUUAUUAGAAAUAUAAAAGACAAAAUAAUAAAUUGCAUAAGUAUUCAUCCCCUUUAAUAUGACACACCAAAUCGUCACUGGUGCAGCCAGUUGGUUUUAGAAGUCACAUAAUUAGUUAAGUGGAGAUCACCGUAUGCUGUCAAGGUGUUGCAAUUGAUUGUAG